AGACUACAGAGUCCACAGUCCAUUCGCUCUCGAAUGCUUAUCGCGGUCGGUUCGGGCGAUGCUGUUUUUCUCUUUCGUUCGAGCAUCUACCUUAUUUUAUAAAUAUUAAAGUACCAGUUCAUUAUUUCAUCAAAUAACUAAAAGCUUUUUUGUGUGCUGUGGGUUUUCUAAAUAAAAGUGAUUCGACACAGUGCCAUGGUAUAUUGCAACAAAGUAUCAACUCACGAUUGCCAAUUGGAAUUACUUUGACCGACAUGUCGCGUCCGUACAGUCACGACAAAAAGUAACAUUGUGGAACAUGGUUGAAAAUAGACCCGAGGACGUACGAGUAUACAGAACAUCGAACGGCGCCAACCCAGUUCACUUCCCAAAAAUGAAAUGGAAAAAUCUCGCGAAUCGUCGUGGAAUGAAUAUGCCAAUAGACCCGAGAAAUUUACACGAGCCGAAAUGAACCAAUGGCUUUUUUUCUAUCUUCGGACGAGAGUAAAAUCCAAUGGAUUUUUCAUAUUUGUGUUUCUUUUUCAGACUUUCUAAGAACAAAGGAAAACGUCAAAAUGUCUUUAGCACGAAUGUUCGUUUCCAUUGUUGCGAAAUCGUCGCGUUUCGCAAAGACUAGUCAAUCACCGUUCGGUGAUCACAAACACAGUUUUGUUCUGAGCCUCGUAACUUGCCGUUUUGUAGCGACUCAUCAUGUUACUAAGAACAUAGAACUCAUAUCACAGGAUCCUAAGGAUUUGCAAAUAAAACAAAAUACCAAAAGUUCAGGAGACUCUUCCAAUCCUCCUCUCCUCGUCAUACUGUCGUGGCUCCUGUCAAAACGGAAACAUUUGAUGAAAUUUGCAAAUCUUUACAUGGAACAAGGAUUCGAUGUUGUCACAGUUUCUGUACAUCCCUGGCAACUUAUGUGGCCUGUCAAAGGAACAAGAGUGAUAGCCAAAGAUUUAUUAACUUUUUUGGAUCAAAACAAGAGCUACGAACAAAUAAUGUUACACGGUUUCUCAGUCGGUGGUUACAUGUGGGGCGAAGUUUUGGAAUUGAUAGAGCAAGAUCGUAAAAAGUAUGAUCACGUGAUCGAAAGAAUAAUUGGCCAAGUUUGGGAUAGCGCAGCUGAUAUCAGUGAACUCACAAUCGGUACACCACGUGCCGUUUUCCCUAAGAACGAAGUUAUGCAGAAAGUUCUGGCUAAAUACUUGGAUUAUCACAUGAAGACUUUCUAUAACUCUGCGACCCAGUACUACAUUCGUUCGAGCCAACUGUUUCAUAUGAAUCUCGUUCGUACACCAGCAUUGUUUUUGCUUAGUAAUACAGAUCCGGUUGGCGCUGUUUCUAGCAAUAUGAGAGUCCGUGAUUCAUGGGACUCUCUCGGUAUUGAGACGUACGUGAAAAUUUUCAACGAGUCUCCGCACGUCGGCCACUUCCAAAAAUAUCCGAAAGAAUACGUGCACGAGCUUUAUACAUUCCUCGAUAAACUCAACAUGAUAAGCAACGAAGAAAAAAUCCGAUCGCGUCUUUGACGUGAAAGUGAGGGCCAGAAUUAACGAUUUUCGAGUCGAUCCUGGAACAUCACUCCCACUCUUUUCAACUCGAUUAAACCUUAUGAGAAACGAAAGGCUUUACCAAUCGAUUGGACGACGGGGACUUAAUAUCGAUUGAUCGACAUGAUUAUUCAAUGAAACAUCGUCCUAAGAUCGGCGCUAAAACCAUAUCACGACUACUCGAAAAAAGCAUGUUAACCAUGGUAAUCAACUGUACAUUUGAAUACCCGCCGUCAUCGCAUAUCGUCGCAUGUAAUCGCCAAGGGAACAUCAUUCACGACUUGUUUUCUCUUAUCUUGGACUUCGUUUAAUUGAAUCUGACUUUAAAAUGCAAGUUUGUCUUUGUAUCUCCAGCGCCGUUGGAAUUUACAUUUUUUUAAAAUUUCACGAAGAUUCUCUCUUUUAGUCAAUAUUAAUUGAAAUUUUUAUGGUUCUCGAACACGAAUUUUAGGCAGUUCGUGAAUGAAAUUACUUGGUUUUUCCGUCGUAUUCCAAUGACGCGAUCUUAAUAUCAAGCUAUCGUACUAUUUUGCCUGGUUCAUAACGUAAUCGUCUAAUCAUUCGAUAUUGUAAUCGCAGGUUUAUACAAAAAUGAAAAAAAAAUCAUGAAGCGAACAACAAUGUUGAUAUUAUUUUGUAAUUGUGUAUCAAGAAAUAAUGUGCCUUAGAGCAAAUUUUACACACCUCCGAUACAUAUUAUUCACUCUUUUCAUAUUCUGAAUAAAACAUCGGUUAGUUUUUAUUAAGAAUUUGCAAAAUAGAGAGGGUGUGAUAAUUAAAUUUUGUACGUCAAUUUUGAUUGAGUGUUAUUCUCAAUCAGUUGUAAUUUAAGCAUUAUUAAAAAUGAAGUAUCAUCAGCAAUCAUUAA